ACCCUUUUCCCCGAGAAUUCCCUGGAAUUCCCCGCCCUCCCCUGACCCUUUUCCCGGCGUUUUUUCCCUGCAGGACAUCCGGAACACGGUGGGGAACAUUCCCAUGGAAUGGUACCAGGAUUUCCCGCACAUCGGCUACGACCUGGACGGGAAGAAGAUCUACAAACCCCUGAGGAGCAAGGACGAGCUGGACCUGUUCCUGGAGAAGAUGGAAAACCCGGAAUACUGGCGCACGGUGCAGGACCCGCAGACGGGGGCGGAGCUGCGUCUGUAUCCGUGUGUCCGUGUGUCCAUGUGUCCAUCCGUGUGUCCAUCCGUCUGUCCAUCCAUAGGCGCACGGUGCAGGACCCGCAGACGGGGGCGGAGCUGUAUCCGUGUGUCCAUCUGUCCAUCCAUGUGUCCAUCUGUCUGUCCAUCCAUAGGCCCGUCCGUGGAUUUCUUCACCCACGAGGUGCGGAUCCACCCGGUGACCAACCGGCCCGCGGACAAACGGAGCUUCAUCCCCUCCCUGGUGGAGAAGGAAAAGGUGGGAGAGAAACCGGAAUUCCAUGUGGAGAUCCCGCUGGGAUCAGGAGGGUCGGAAGAUCCAGACGGGAUGGGGAAGGUGGAAAAGCUCCAGUGGGAUCAGGAGAUUGGAAGGAUCCUG